AUCAAAUUACACACUAGACGUUUCAGCUGUGCAUUUUUCCACCCUCUCCUGCUGACUCUUUUCCCUACAUUCACUGCAGUUUUGUAGAAUAUUGCCCAAUUUUUCUCACAUGUAAUAUAAGAAUAAAGUUAUUAUUUAGUCUAGUGAAAAUUUGUGAUCGUCAAUUAUUAAGUAGUUACCUUAAUCAAUUGACAAAUAAUAUAGGUAAAUUAAAUAUAUUAUAAUAAUAUUGCAACAAAAAUUUAAAAUUUAUUGCAACAGAAAUGAUUCUAUCAACAUUCAUCAUUUUUUUUCGAAGAACAAACAGUUUCGAAUAAAAAACGCCAUAAAUAUAACUUUUAAUACUUUUUUGCAUUUAUUUUUUAAUUACAAUUGCUAAAUUUAGUGUGUUCUGUAGAACGUCUUUUAAAUCGAGAUGGAUUUUGUUAUUUUAAAAGUCAAUGGUCGAGAUGUAACGAAUUCUAGUCAUGAGGAUACCGUACGUCUUUUCAAGUCAGCUCAUGAACCCAUAACCAUUCAAGUUCUUCGAAUGAAAGUACCUCAAUGUAAAAAUGAUGCAUUAACAGUGUCUACAAAAACUCCAACUCAAGAGCAAAUAACACCAACAAAGACUGUAACUCUUGUAUCAACGGCUGUUCAAACGGAUUUAGGUGGAUUUGUGAAUGAUGAAUAUUUUGAUAAUUAUUAUGUUUAUGAAGAUGGAGUUGAAUAUGAUGAUGAAGAGGAUGAAGAUGAUGAUGAUGACGAUGUUGAUGAUGGAGAAUUAAUCAAACUUAAUGAAAUAUUAUCAAAUCCAAAUGAUGGACGGCAAAUAGAAAACUAUAAACUAGGAAAUGAUGUUAUUCUUGAGGAAGUCACUCUAUGUAAAAGUACAAGUAUGGAAAAAUUAGGGCUUACAGUGUCUUAUAAUUACGCACCGGAUCGAGAAAAUUCUGAAGCAGCGGAGAUCUAUAUUUCAGAAAUAGCUCCUGAAAGUUUAGCAGCACGAGAUGGACGUUUACGAGAGGGUGAUCAAAUUUUACGAGUCAAUGGACAAGAUAUCGAAAACAAAGAGCAGACGGAAAAAAUUUUUAUGCAAACCAAAAAUAAAGUUACUAUUCUCAAUUCAUCUCCUACAUCUCCUAGUAAUGGUCCAGCUUACCAAAAUACAAUGAUUGAAUUAUUAAUGCGUCGUCAGCAGAAGCAAAUUGAAUCUCAGGACAACGAAAGUCUUCCAGACCCAAGUGAUCCAAAUUUAUGGAUCCAUCAAGAUUUAACUCCACCCCCAGUACCAUCUCAUAACACUGUAAUUUCGGUCAAUACAUCAGUAAACUCGAUGACAUCUUCAUCAACAUGUUCAUCUCAAAAUUCACAUAAUUCAAACAAAGAUGCUACCAAAUUACAAUCAGGUCAUUUUUCUGAUUGGAAAUCUAAUUCACUUAAUGUUAACGAGUCCACGAAAAAAAUGGAAGAAUUAACACUUCGCAAUAAAUUAUCAAUGACACCAGUGACUACGCAAUCAACAGCCACAUCUCUAGUUAUUGAAGCAGCCAGUGAUACUGAACAUAUUUAUGAAACAAUCCCUGAAAGUGAUAAUGAACCUAUUUAUUCUUCACCCUAUGAGAGUCAAAUAUUUAUCAAUGCUAAUCGUAUGUCUGAAUCUACUAGUCAACAUGUAAAUCGUAAUAAAUCAUCAAAGAGUAGUAGUUCUAUUGAGGAAAAAGAUAGCUCGAGUGCUUAUAAUACUGGUGAAUCCUGCAAAAGUAAUCCAUUAGUAUUGGAGCUUCAUAAAAGUGAUCGUGAUUAUCGAGGAAGCACAUUAGUGUUGUGUCCUCCCGAAAAUAUUACAUCUUCACAAACAACUUGUAAAACAAAACCUUUUGAAGGAGUUACUUGCUCCACACAUUCUUCACUUUGUACUCAAACAAAUAUUCAUCAAAUAGCCAUUCAAGAAGAUAAAAAAUUAUCAGGUGCUCAUCAUUAUCAUCAUCAUCGCUAUGGAUACCAGUAUCAUUAUCCUCAUCAGUAUUACCAUCAUCAUCAUUAUCAUCACCAGCUAUCAAAUCAAAACUGCCAGUUAGAAAAUCGUGAUUAUCCAACCAGUUGUAUUAAUAAUUCUAAUGUAAUGUAUACUAAUGCGGACAAUCUUGAACGCACAAUGAAUAUACAGAAACAGAUUUUUACUCAAGCAAUUAAUAAGAAAAAUGUAACUAAUAAAGAAGCAAAAAAAAAUUCUAAAUCGAAAGAAAAAUUCAGAGCUCCUAAUUUGACUCAAUAUCAUUUUAUUGGGAGUCAACAAGUGAGAACUACUUCUACGGUGCUAAAUAUGCCUGAAGAUAACUGUGAUCCUCGUACAGAAUGGAAAGUUAAAAGACGACCUGAUGGAACUAGAUAUAUUGCUAGAAGAACGGUGCGUAAUCGUUUACUUGGAAAUCGAACUCUGGAAAUUUCUGAAGAACGAGCUGGUCAAACUACAGAGGAUGAUACUGUUUCAGAAAUAAAAUUGGGUCGAUAUUGGAGCAAAGAUGAACGCAAGCGACAUAUUGAGCAUGCACGUCAAAGAAAAUUACGUCAUCAAUCAAUGCAACAUCAUCAACAACAACAAAUAAAAUCAUCACGGCAGUGCCGUGAGAUAAUGAACUGUGAAGCUGUUGAUGAAGAAGCAAAAGAAUUAUUGCUAUCCAAAAAAUCAUUUCAGGAUACUAUGAGUCAUAUAAAUAGAAUUGAAGAUGUAAAUUGUGGAACGAAUGGGAAACCAAUGGGAUUAUUGUCAGUAACAUCUGUAUAAUGUAUACUCAUUAUACAUAAUUAUUACUGACAACAAUCAAUCAUAUUUGUAUAUAUAAUGGUAAUAUCUAAUUAUACAGAAUGAAAUGUUUUUUUUUUACCAAACUGCCAAAAAGAUGAAUAUUUAUAAUUGUAUAUACACAUAGAAAACGACUGCUGCCAUAGUAAUUCAUAUAU